AUGGAGGACAAGUUAGACAGGAUGUUCUCGAACACAGUUGCUACCGGUGAACAUGCAUGGGCACCUUCCUCUGGAGUACUACCACCAGAUACAAGAGAUGAAUCUAUAGGACAAGUUGAUUCAGAUGAUAAGGAUGAAAUUGAGACCAUGCAGGAUAUAAGGCAAGCUAGUAGGAAGGGAAAAAAAAGAGCGGCUAACCAAGGAGAAUUGCAAAACAAGAAAGGGAAAAAAAUUGGAGGUGCUGUAAAACUUUGUGGUCAAAUUGACCGUCUUGUUGAAGUUUAUGAAACUAAGAGUUCUGUAAACUCAUUGAUGUCCAAACUGCAUAUAGGAAAUAGUAUUUCAGAAGUGUUAGCGACUAUUGCACAAUUGCCUGGUUGUGAGCCAACUAGCGAGUUAUGGCUGUUUGCUACAUGUUUAUUUUGUAACGCAGAGAAGCGAGAGGUGUUUGGCACGAUGAAAGAUCCUGAAGUCUAG